AUGUCCUUUUUUAACAAGAACAAUCUAUUCGGUGGCAAUGGGCCUCAACCUCCCCCACGAGACCCUUACGGCCAACAACCGCCGCCUGCAAUGCGAGGCGGCCGUCCAGGAUAUGGCGGCCCAAGUCCCUACGAUACGCCCAUGAAUAUGAACGGUGGCUACGAUUCCGGCCCUCCUCCUCCGCCCAGACAGCAGCCCGGCUCCCGAUUUCCCUCUCGGCCUCAUCAAAGCACCUCAAGUAAAGGUGGUUCAAGAGGAGGCAAUGUGCUGACGCUUCAACCUGCAAAGAGCCCUGAUAAUACAUAUACCUUUCGAAAUCUGGUCGCUGUUUCCACGCAGGAUUUCCCGCCUUCUCCCGAUGGCACAGAUAUCUUCAUUCUCAUCAAUGGCAUGUUCGUUGUCACGGCACGGCCACUCGAUGCGUUCCCGCGCGGAAACAUUGGUCUUUCAGAACCUCAGAGAUCAUGGAUGGGGGUGGCGUUGACAGACCAACUGAGCGCAGAGCUAUACGACCCAUUCGCACAAGGUGGACAGGCAUACAUUGGUUCUAUGGAUAUAGAGAUUGGGUUUGCCAGCACGAGAAAAGUGACGGACGUUCCUUAUGACCAGGACGACCUCGCGAAAGAAAUCACAAAGUUAUUCAACAGCCAGAUGUUUGCGCCGAGUCAGCGAUUCUUGAUGGAUCUCAGGAGUGUGCCUUUGAACUUGACGGUCAAGACUGUGCAACUAGCCGAUUUUAGCGAAAAGUCCGCUCCGACGACCUCAGAUCCUAUGGCUAGAGGUAUCCUAACACCACAGACGCAAAUCAAUUUCUUCAAGGAUGGCAGAACACCAAUCAACCUCAAAGCGUCUUCUCGGCGGCCAGCAGCAAACUCAAUCAUCGCCCCGGACUUCAAGUUCGAAGAUAUGGGUAUCGGUGGUCUCGACAAGGAGUUUGCUACGAUUUUCAGACGAGCCUUUGCUUCGCGUGUCUUUCCGCCCGGACUGGUCGAGAAGCUGGGUAUCCAGCACGUCAAGGGUAUCUUGCUGUAUGGUCCUCCGGGUACAGGAAAGACGUUGAUUGCCCGGCAAAUUGGAAAGAUGUUGAACGCCAGAGAACCUAAAGUUAUCAAUGGUCCGGAAGUACUCAAUAAAUUUGUCGGCCAGUCAGAAGAGAACGUUCGUAAACUGUUCGCCGAUGCCGAAAAGGAGUACAAAGAAAAAGGAGACGAAUCUGGCCUGCACAUCAUCAUCUUUGACGAAUUGGAUGCCGUAUGCAAGCAAAGAGGAAGCGGGGCCGGGGGUGGUACCGGUGUGGGAGACAGUGUCGUCAAUCAGCUGUUGGCCAAACUCGACGGUGUGGAGCAACUCAACAACAUCUUGCUCAUUGGUAUGACGAAUCGAAAGGACAUGAUUGACGAUGCGCUAUUGCGACCCGGUCGUCUCGAGGUUCACUUGGAAAUCGCUCUUCCCGACGAGCACGGUAGAGCUCAGAUCCUCAAGAUCCACACGCACAAAAUGCAGCAAAAUAAGGUUUUGGAUCCUGAUGUUGAUAUUUUGGAGCUCGCACAUCGAACGAAGAACUUUUCAGGUGCUGAGUUGAAUGGUCUGGUCAAGGCAGCAACCUCGUUUGCGUUCAAUCGACAUGUCAAGGUUGGCACCAUGGCUGGCAUCAGUGACGAUGUGGCCAACAUGAAAGUGAACAGGGCAGACUUUGAGAACGCUUUGGAAGAAGUCAAGCCGGCCUUUGGCGUGUCCGAAGAGGAACUUCAAUAUUGCCUCAGGGGAGGAGUUGUACAUUACUCGCCGUACAUCAAGGACGUUCUUGAGGAAGGCAAGCUGUUUGUCGAGCAGGUCCGACAACCAAACUCGACACCACUGUUUUCGGUCUGUUUGCACGGGCCGCCCGGGUCUGGCAAGACGGCAUUGGCGGCCAAGAUCGCCAUCGACUCAGGAUACCCUUUUAUCAAGCUGGUCAGCACCAAGGACACACUGGAGAUGAACGAACCUCAGAAGAUCUCGCAUCUCAGCAAGGUUUUCAGCGACGCAUACAAGAGUCCAAUGAGUUGUGUGGUGAUUGAUGAUAUCGAAGAGUACAUUGAAUGGACGCCGAUUGGACCUCGAUUCAGCAAUGGUAUUCUCAAGAGUCUUGUUGCUUUGCUACGGAAAGCACCUCCACCUGGACGGAGUCUGUUGAUCAUCGUUACGGCGACCGAACGAAGUGUCCUCCAACAACUUGAUUUCUGGAGACAUUUCAACAGCGACAUUCCGAUUGCCAAUGUGCGCACUUAUGAGGAGUUGAGACAUGUCAUGAAAGACACAAAGGUGUUUAGUAGUGAAGAUGCGGCCAAGGCGAUAUCAGAGAUCAGGGACAUCACUAGAUCUGAAGAGGUCGGAGUUGGCAUUAAACAUGUCCUGCAGGCGAUUGAGACUGCCAGGCACGACAGUGAUUUGGUCAGUAGAUUUGCUGGGACAUUGUCCCGGGCAAUUGCUGAGAGGGGUCAAUGA